AGCCAAUAAAUUAGGUUCUUGUUCAGAGCGUGGAACCAUCCAAUGGAAGGGUUGGUUGUUGCGCUGCAGUUGGCAGGCGGCUGCGGGAGGCGGUGGCGGUAGGCAGCCGGAGGCAGCGGGGUGACAGGAAAGUGAAGAGCCUCACAAAAUCUAUAGUAGGAGCUAGACCCUCCGGUACAAUGUUGAAUAGAAGUGAUGAUAAUGGUCAUCUCUGUCUUGUUUUCAACUUCAGAGCUAGACUUGGAAAAUAUUUACGUCUCAACAAAUGAAUUCCACACUUGAAAUCUGCCACAUUCCUGUGCCACCUCCUCCUUUAGAAAACUGAUCUUAAAACAGAGAGGUAAAAAAAAAAAAAAAAUAGAAGGUAGAAGAAGAUGCUGGGAUCUGAACGUGGUGUUGUGGAAGAAUGGUUGUCAGAAUUCAAGGCGUUACCUGACACUCAGGUCACCAAUUAUGCAGCAACUUUACACCGGAAAAAAACACUGGUACCAGCCCUCUAUAAAGUUAUUCAAGAUUUGAAUAAUGAGCUGCUGGAGCCUGUCUGCCACCAGCUCUUUGAACUCUAUCGUAGCUCUGAAGUUCGACUUAAGAGGUUCACACUGCAGUUCUUGCCAGAAUUGAUAUGGGUUUAUUUACGGCUUACAGUUAGCCGAGACAGACAGAGUAAUGGUUGUAUUGAAGCACUUCUGUUAGGAAUUUACAAUUUGGAAAUCGCUGAUAAAGAUGGAAACAAUAAAGUUCUAUCUUUCACUAUCCCUUCCUUAUCUAAGCCUUCAAUAUACCAUGAGCCCUCAACAAUUGGAUCCAUGGCUUUGACAGAAGGGGCAUUGUGUCAGCAUGAUCUCAUCAGGGUUGUUUAUAGUGAUCUUCAUCCUCAGAGGGAAACAUUCACUGCACAAAACCGGUUUGAAGUCCUGAGUUUUCUCAUGUUAUGCUAUAACUCUGCUAUUGUGUAUAUGCCUGCCUCAUCUUACCAAUCACUUUGUCGGAUGGGCUCCAGGGUUUGUGUUAGUGGGUUUCCACGGCAACAUGAAAAACAGUGGAAAGAACUCUGUGGUCGAAUAGUAUUGGAUCCUGAAUUUAUGGUGCAACUUCUCACAGGGGUCUAUUAUGCCAUGUACAAUGGACAGUGGGACCUUGGCCAGGGAGUCCUUGAUGAUAUCAUUUACAGAGCUCAGCUAGAACUCUUCUCUCAACCACUAUUGGUUGCCAAUGCCAUGAAAAACUCACUACCAUUUGAUGCUCCUGAUUCUUCACAAGAAGGCCAGAAAGUACUUAAAGUAGAAGUCACUCCAACAGUGCCGAGAAUUUCUCGUACUGCAAUUACAACAGCUUCAAUCCGUCGUCAUAGAUGGAGGAGAGAAGAUGGCUUUGACUUCUCAAACGAGGCUGACUCGAGUAUUCCUGGCUCCCCGAUCCAACACGGCUCCACUGACCUAGGGAUCAAACGUGUGCAAGAGGGGGAGGUGCUGGUGCGCAGGACCCCUGAGCAUGGCUCGCCGGAGCCCAACUCAGCAGCAGCCACAACAGAGGGUGCCGAGGGUGUAAAUGGAGGAGAGGAAUCUGUAAACCUGAAUGAUGCAGAUGAAGGAUUUUCAUCAGGGGCUUCCCUCAGCAGUCAGCCAGUUGGGACCAAACCAUCAUCCUCCUCUCAGAGGGGAAGUUUAAGGAAAGUAGCAGCUGGGCGUUCAGCCAAGGAUAAAGAAACAGCCUCUGCAAUCAAAUCCAAUGAGAGCCCUCGAGAUUCAGUAGUUCGCAGGCAGUAUGUACAGCAAUCAGCUGAUCUUAGUGUAGAUUCACUUGAGCUGACACCGAUGAAAAAACACCUGAGCCUGCCUGCUGGCCAGGUGGUGCCAAAAACCAAUAGUUUAAGUUUAAUCCGGACAGCCAGUGCUUCCUCAAGUAAAUCAUUUGACUAUGUAAAUGGCAGUCAAGCAACUACCAGCAUUGGGGUUGGCACUGAGGGAGUUAAAAAUUUAGCAGCUAACAAUGCUAAUCGUUAUUCAACUAUCAGUCUACAGGAAGACCGGCUAGGUCAAGCUGGAGAAGGUAAAGAGCUCCUCAGCCCAGGAGCCCCCUUAACCAAGCAGUCUCGAUCCCCAAGUUUCAAUAUGCAGCUAAUAUCCCAGGUGUAGCUUUGAUAUUAUUCUCUCGCCUCUUUCUGCUUACCUUUUAAACUGAACAUUUCAUUGUGCGCGAAGACGCUUCAUCCCACAUUGUGAAAAUAUUGGUCAUCGUAAUCAGAUUUGAUUUAGUGUAGGUAUCUUCAUACUGUAUUUUGUAUGGAAACAGCAAUAAGGUUUUCUUUUUUUCUCCUAUAUCUUCACCUAUUCCUUGUAAAUGUGUUCGUGAAGCAGUAUAAAAUGUAUGCCUUUUCCAUGCCUUCCUUUCUCCUUGGGUGAUGUGCAAUCCAUCGUAGGCUGAUCAGUCCCAUUUCAACACUGUGAGACUGAGGAUAUAUUAGAGGAAAUGGUGUAUAUGAUCCCUAUGAAAUGAUUCUUUGGCUUUGUUUAAAAAAAACAAAACGGGUUUCUUCUCAUAAUCUAUAGAACUAUGAAGACUACUGGAUCAUAUUUUUUUCUCUUUUAACCAGGAGUGCCUCAGAGAUUCUGCUGUGACUUUGGACUUCUCUGAGUCUGUGCAAUCGUUUUCUUGAGAAGCAUGGGGAAAGGUGGCAGACUGCUGCACUUUUUUCAUUAAAAUGAGGGUAGCUCUUUAUUUUCCCCAUUUCCUUUAUCCUGAGGACAUAAAUGUUUAAUAUUGAGGCAUUCAAAUCAAGUUGUGGCCUCCUCUGCUGGAGACGGGGCUCUAAGUUGAUUGUGUAGUUGAUAAUGCACUUUCAAUGGCUCUAUAGUCAUGAUUAACAUGUCUUCCCUCCUCCCCACAAGGACAUAGGGUCAUGUCUGCCCUUAAAGUUUGAACAACUAACAAAUCAGAGCAUCCAAGGGGCAUGUUCUUUUUCCCAGGAAUGAUUGACACUUUGGUGCUGGGGUUUUGUGGGGGGGGAGGGAUGGUUUUUGUUUAGCUUGUGUGGGAUUGUGUGUGUUAGGGAGAUUUUGCCUGGUUUUUUGUUGUUGUUUAUUUUCCUUUGUGAGCUGAUGAUGACUGAAGUAGAGCAAGUACGUCUUCAGGUAAAGAGAGGGAUUUCUCAAUCCACUUUCUGUGAUGUCAGACUAUUGGAGAAACCCUUUCAGCUGCUUUCUAGAUGUACCUAAAUUCAGUCAGAUAUUUUAGAUUAAGAUACCUGAAGUCCUGAUAGAUUAUAUACUCCAAGGAAAUACAUCAGGGACAGAUAAUUGGCUGAAAACACUGACACUUCAAUGUGACACAUUUUUAUAGAACAUUUCUACCAGGGAGUACUGACUUGAUUUCUCCUACAAGGACACACUGCCUUUGUGUUUAAUGUAAUGCAAUUUGUGUACCUUCUAAUCAUCUAUCUGCAAAAAUUUCUCACUUUUAUAAAACUUUGAAAUCAUGCCAGUAAGCUAGAUGUUGAAUGUAUGUAAGUAGCAUUUGGUAACUGUACUAAGAGGCUACAAAAAUGCAUUAUUGGUUUUAAAAAAAAAAGAUAAUAUAAAAAAAAUUUUUUUUUUUUUUUUGUUCUGAUUUGGUUGGAUAAAAUUUCAUUAUAACCUCUUCUGGGUCUCAGGCUCUACUGCUUGAAAUAGAAGGGAAUAUAUUGAGUUUUUGAAAAUUAGUGUAUUGUGAGUUUAAAUGUUUUAAGUUAUCCUCUAUAAAACACAUCAGAGCUAUUAGUGCUUUGUACAUUUAGACGUUUUUACUUUAUUAUUGUGAAAAAAAUUAUAUACUGAAUUUAUAGAAAGCAAGUAUUCUCUUAAUUAACGUUUAAAAAUUUUAACUUUACCAAUUAAAAUUACAGUAGAUUUUGAUUAAUAAAAUGAGAAAAAUGCCUCUUGUUUUUUUUCACACCUAAAAAUCUCCCUCCUUUUUUUCGUUUUGAUUAUAAGAGCAUUUUUUUAAAGGGGCUUUCUGAUAGAAUCUUUAUAAGAACAAUGAAUCUUGAUUGAAUUUGGUGGUCUAUAACAUUUUCAGCUCAUAUGGAAAUGGAAAACUAGAACCUGGACUAGUAUCUGCAACAUUGCUAAAGUCUGCAGUAAAGCUAAAAGGUGAUAGAUGAUUUAUUGAUUUGUGUGUGUGUGUGUAUGAUGUGUACAUAUAUGUGUAUAUAUCACAAAGAUAUAUUUUAGAUAUCUCUUCUUUUAAUUUGACUUAAGGAUGUCAAAUAAAUUAAAAGAAUUAAAAAACAGCCAAAAUAAAUGAAGGGUAAAGGUCUUUGCCACACUAAGAAAAGCAAAGUUUCAGGUAUAGAAGAACAUAAUACUUACCAGGGAAUGAGAUCUUGGCCAUGGCUGGAGGUCAGUCACUACAGGGGAUAACCACCUGGUUUAUUUAGGACUGAAGGAUUGUUUUUAAUUCAACAAAUUGUGUGUUUACUGGCAUCUAAAUCUAGCAUAAUUCUAGUUAAAGCACAAAAGAAAUAUCAAAUAGCAAAGCUAUAAUAAAUAUAAGACAAAAUUUCCCUUUGGUUUUUGUUAGAAAUUGUAUGUUAUAUCUGUAAAAAUGGUUUUGAAAAAGUUCAACUUACUUAGAGGGUUUCACUUAUCAGUAUGUGUAUACAUAUAUAUUUUAUAUGUAUACAUACCCAUUAAUGUUUCAUGACCCUGCAACAUUUGUGUUCCAUUCUUUUAGGCGAUAUGAUUUGGGACCAAUGAGAAAUAUCUCACUUAGGUAAAACUUUACAUUCAGGUUCUUAGAACAGAUUUCCUGUGCAAGACAUAGUUGAAAUGAGUUAGUUUAACAAGCCAAGCUUUCUGAUAUUCAUUUAUGUUAUUUAUUGGCAUUUAAUUUAAAAUAGUUUGUUUUACCUAUAUAAGAGUGCUGUUGCAAAUAUUGACCAGCAACAUUCAUACUUUAUCCUUUAGUAACCUUUUGUUUUAUACUUUAUAAUUUCCAUUUUUAAAAAGUCUAGCCACCUAUGAAAAAGCUAUUUAGGGAUAAAAUACUUGAUUUCUAUAAUAAACCUAUUUGAUUGAGGCCAUCUAUGCCAGGUUGAAUUCAGGAAAAGGAAGAUGUAUCUGAAGGCUUUGGGAACUCUUCUCUAUAACAUUAAUUAAAAAUCAUCUUACUAGAAAACAAACUAAAUGUAAAGUGAAAAGUUGCAUUAGAAGAUUUUUAAAUAUGAAAAUAUUUAAAGAAGCUAGAAAGAAGAAAUGGUUGUCAUUUUAAGUCUUGAUCUCUACCACCACCCUGACCCUCCCAGUUCAUUCUACGGUGCCUGCUUAUUACAGAAUCAGAAUUUUUGUACUAGAAGAGACCCUAGAGAUAAUCUAGCUAGUCUCCAAACCCUGACCCGCAUAUUCAUCCUCAGGAAACUGAGACUCAAAGAGGUUGUGACACAAAUGAGGUCACAUAACUCAGAAGCAGAGCCAGAAUCAAAUCUCUGCCUCCUGUCUAAUGCAUAUUAACACCCCAUGGCCUCCCUUUACGUGUACUACAAUAAAUGUGGUACGUGACACUCUUCAUUUCUGCAGUUUAUUUAGUUCUAGCCUAGUAGUUAGUGAAUACAGCACAUUAAGAAAAGUAUUACUUCCAGAAAAAAUGUAGAGUAAUAAACAUAGAUGUGGAAGUGCUGUACAGAUGUAAGAAUGGAUAUAUUUUUCCUUAUUCUAAUUUAAGCCUUACUAUUUUCUGCCACAAAUCAGUUGUAUGCUGCCAUCUUAUAGUUGGUAAUAUUUUGGGAAUUUAUUUAAAUGUGAAAUAAAACCAGUGAAAUGGCUUUGAUCAGUGUUUCUAGCUAUUUUAAUUUUUGAGUCAGCCAACUUUCAUAGUCACCAAUGUGGCAAGUUAAUUAUAUUGCACAGUAGAGUAUUGCAAGGUGAAGAUUAAAUAAAUUUUAUUCCAUUAAUUUCUAAUGUAGAAAGGGGUUGAACCUUGUGCUUGGAGCAGAUGCAAGCAAUAUUUCCUUGUAUGAUUGAAAAAGGCUUACAUUGUGAAGUGAUGAUUCUAUAAUGAACGGUGACCGUGAUGUCAUUUAAAGGGUAUAUACCAUACAAAAUGUUUUAAAUUUAGUAGUCUCAGCUAUAUAAGCUGUAUUUCCAGCCUGUAUUCUCAAAUUCCACUUAGUAGCUUUAAAUUAAUUAUUAUGUUUUUUUUUUGUUAGAUCCUGGAAUACUGAGAACAGCUUCCUUUAGAUUUUGUUUGCACUAUUUUUAUGAAUAUUUUAGUGAAGUGUUUCCCCCCAGCCCCACCUUACUUUGUGAGGUUGUAUGGGUCCAUUUUUUAGUACUUUACUGUUGACAAUCAGUUGUCUCAUCUAGCUCUCUGCAUGUCCAUUUGUAAAUAGAAAAAAAUUAACCUCUGUCUUUAGGGGGUAGUACACUAUUACACCAACACUGGCAAUGAGAUCUCUCCAUUUUGGAUCUUGAAUUACAAAGUAAGUUUUAUUUUAUGUUUAAAAAAAAAAAUCAGUAUUUCAGUUACAUACUUGUUUUUCAGUUUAGAAAAAGUUCAGUAGGCCAUGCUAGUGGUCAGGAAGUCUGUAAGAGUUUUAGGGCAAUUUUUCUAUACUAUGGCUACGUUAAACAGUCUGAACAUAAGACUUUUUAACUUUCAAGUUAAAUGAUUAUUGUCAUGUUUCAAACCACUAAGUUGUUUGAGACACUUGUUUGUAAUACUUUAAUUUUUUUUAAAAGUGAUUUUUAGAAAAAGUUGUUUGAAAACCAACUAGAAAUUAUUGAUAGCUUAAGCGUUAAAAAAUUAGAGUAUUUACCAGAUUAUUAAAAGAUAGAAUGCAGUGUAGAAUUAUUAAUAGUGCUAAUAAAGUCAUAACAAGUUACCAGAUUGGUAAAAUUUUCCGUUGCCAAGGAUGUCACUUUGAUAAUGUAAGACAUAAAAUUUAAAGUUUAGUAUUACCUGUAUUGUAUGUAUCUAGUGGGUAUAUCAUAUUGGCACUGAACAUACAUUGGAAAUAUUCAAUAGAGUCAGCCAAUGUGCACUUAAACCGUGUUAGAUUUUUGGCUGUGCCAGAAAUUUGUGUGGUUAUGGCAAGCCAUUAAAAUUAGAGGAGACAUCUCCACCCAACCUUCCCUUGCCCACAUAGGAAUGUUCCUUCUAAACCUGGCCACACACCAUAAAAUUUUGGUAACUUCAAUCUUUGGUAUUUUUGGUUUAAAGUGAUCUUAGCCCUUAGUCACGUGACAAAUAUACACAAGAGAAAACAGUUCAGGAUAGAGUGUUAGCGGAAAGCUGGGAAUGAUAUGAAAUAACUGGCAGCAUAGUACAGUGUGUAGGUUCUACGUUUUGCUUCUGAGUUUUGAGAAAAUGUUUUUAUGAUGUUUACAAAUUAAGGCACAUUCAGAUGUCUGCUGUUAUGUUUAAUAUAGAAUUUACCCCCCCAAAAUAGAAUUAGGUGGAUAUUAAAGUAUGAGUCUUUUUAUUUUAACUAUAUAUCUGGAGGCAGGUCUAAUAAAGAAAUCCUUUUAUUUCAAAGAGAAAUAAACUUAAUUGGAUAAUCCAUCUCCAGCUACAGAAUUCAUAUCAAUCUGGUUUGUUGUGUUUGAGUGUCAGUAUCAGAGGAAAUUCUUUACAUCUUCACUGAUAACAAAAUUUAUCAAAGAAAAUAUAUUGACCAAAUAUAAUUUUUAAUGUACCUAACUAUUAAGGAAUGAUGCUCUUUUAACAUAAAAGAUUGCUUUCUAACCCUGGGGGAAAUAAAUUUUCAAAGGUCCUUUGACCUAGAAAAUAGGCAUAUAAUAGCUAUAAGAUUCCAUUUGAGAUUUUGUGAUGUCAGUAAAAAUGACAACAUUUUAUACUUCCAGCAAGGUACCAGUUAAAGGUUAUGUCUAAAUAUUCCUAAUGGAACAUUUUCAAGUCCCCUAAGUCAAGUUAAGGAUUCUGCUCAUCACUAUUGAAUAAAAAGGGGGGGAAAUUUCUAAAAUUAGUAUAUGUCUUUAAAAAAAAAUAAUAUUGGGAAAAUUAUGGAAAUGUACCUCUUUAAAUGAGCAAUUUCAAAUAUUUCUAGUAAGUAUAGUAUUGGUUUAAAUGGUACUAUUUGUUUACAUAAUUGAUGUACAGGAUUACUCUGGGUGUUUUUUUCUUUGCUAGAAAAGUAUAAUUGGGUUAAGAAAAGCUAAAAUACUAGUUUUGUAAUGUAAGCACCAAUAAGAACUAAAGAAUUUAUUUAGACUAUUAAAUGACUUUUUUGAAAACAUGAAAUGUAAUUGUAUAUUAACUGAUAUUCCAAACACGUUCUAUGUAUUAUUUUUUCCAUAUCAAGUGGUAAUUAAAAAGUAAUGAAUGUAUCGAUCAGACUAUCUUGAAAAGAGAAUAUUUGCUAACAGUUACUAAUUUUUUUUUUUUUUAAAUUUUAUCAUCCAAAUGGAAUUGAGAGAUACGCUCCAUGUGAUGUUUUUAAACAUUUGUAAUAAGUUCAUCUGCUAAUUUACAAUGAAUCUUUUUGGUUCUUAUUCUAAAAAUUAUGCUGGCCUUGCAUUCAGUUUAACUGAUUGAACCUGUUAUUAUGGUUUGAAGAUUAUUUUCCCACUAUCUUUCUCAUGAUAAUUUGGCUCUCCUGAGCUACAAUUUCCGAAGGACUUUUACUACUUUGGCAUUAUAUAGUCUGAUCUCUGUCACAAUGGACAAAUAAGCAACAAAUACCCACUCGCAGAUGUUUGCUUGAUAAAAAGAUAUGGAAUGUGUAAAACAAUUCUUUUUCACCAGCAUCAACCUAUAGCUUGAUACAAACUUAUCAAGUAUUUGGAGAACAGUGCUGGUGAAAAUUUAAAAAGGAUGGGCAUGCAGAAAAUAUGAUCUCUACUGAAUGAUGUCCUUUCAACCUAGGACUAGUGAAAACUUUCAUUUUUUUCAGAGUUGAAGAAAAAAAAUCGCACAUUUAAGAUCAUAUUUAUUGGUGCAUGUAAGCCAUUAUCUUAACUGUCUUACUGAACUGGUUAAUGCUGUUGAUUGUUGAAAUGUGAAAUGUAGUCAUUGUUGACCUUGUAAAUACCUGCCAGAGAUGAGAAAAUAUUUUAAGUUAUUGUAAAUAAAAAUGUAUAAAAUUCAGUAUUAGUCUGCGAUGCAGAAACAUCUAAGAUGUUAAAUAUUGUGCUUCUUGAGAGAUAUGUAAUUUUCUCUAGAUGUAUCUAGUUACAUUAGGAAUGUAAAUUUUCUUUUGUACAGUAUAAAAAUACAGCUUUAUUUGGCUUUUCAUUGAAUUUCCCUGAGUUGAUUUUAUAUCUUACCUAAAUUUUAUGCUUUAAAAUGGUCCUUCACUAUAAA